AUGUUAAGCAUGGCAGCUUACACGAUUGGGCAACGUUUUCGAACAAAAAUAUUUAUUACACCAGAAGAUGAUGUGUACAAACAAUUUCUCGACGGCUUGCCUAUUAGUGGAGGCGGAAGUACCAGAGUACGUGAUGCUGACGUUGAACGGGUUCGUGGUAAUCACUUAAAUGAUUUAGAAAAUAUUAUACCAUUUGUUCUUAUUGGCCUAUUUUACGUAGGAACACGGCCUAAACAUGAUUGUGCCUUAUGGCAUUAUCGAUUAUUUCUGUUUUCAAGACUAAUGCAUACUAUAGCUUACCAAGUGCCUUUACCUCAACCAACAAGAACAUUGUCAUGGCUAAUCGGAUAUGCAACCACAAUCUCAAUGGCUAUCCCAGUAUUAAUUAAUUAA